GAUUCUUUCGAACCUUUCGAACCAAUUGUAAAAAACCAGGAAGCCUCAACCGUUUCAUUUUGGUCGUUUAAAUUUUCUAUUUCUCUUGUGAAUACUCAAGCUUUUUCUUGUUUUCCGAAUAAUGUGUAUACUUGUAGUGUAACUUUAGAAGAAUUUCUACGUUUACUAAAGAGAAAGUUUUACACUAUCAGAAGAUAGACGGAUAUCUUUAGAUGACGAAUGUGAAGAACGACGUAGAGAUAGCGUGUAAAAAACAAUGUCCCGAAGACAAAAUCAAGAUAAUUUCGAUUCCCAAGCCAGUCGAGGAAAUAUGGUCGACGAUGAGAAAAACAGUAGAAUCGAUGUCGAAAUAUCGGAAGAAGCGAGAAUUAUUAAAAGAUAUUUUCCACAAGUUAGCAGUUCCGAAAUCAUUGCCAAAUUAAACAAAUACCGAAAGGCUUCGAAUCGGGAAACUAUUGUCUUAUGGGAAUUAAUGCCCAGGGAGAAGCCAGAACCGAUAAUUCGAGAAGAAAUAAAAGAAACGAGUCGAGAAAUCGAACAUUGUGCCAAUAGUGAGAGAAUCCAGCCUAAGAGAAAAUCGUCGCCAUUACGUGAUCUGAUUAAGGUCGAAAAUUCGGCAUCGACCAGUAAAAAAUCGAGAAAAUCGGAUGAAAGUGGAGAAAAGUUAUUGGCAACUUCUUCGAAUGUUUCUGAUAAUAUUAUUCACAUUUGGAAGGAUUCACUUAAUUUAAUCGAUAAAUAUAAAAAGUUGAAUAGUACACCUUCAAAACGCUCCACUAUUAGUACUGAAGUACACGAUUAUUUCGCUGCGAAAACUUCUCCCUCGACACAAAAUGAAAGUUCCUCCCCAAACUUGGAGAGCACGAAACCAAAAAACGAACCAAAACCGAUUCAGUUUUAUCAGAUGCCUUCUUUGUUUCCGACUCCGUCUUCGUCUUCGUCUUCGUCUCAGCAGCAGAAUCCGAUUGCAUCGACUAGCAGCGAUAGUUCCUUAAAUCCAGAAAAACAAUCAUCACCUGCAGAAACUCUUCACAUUGCGAGCUCUUCAAAAACCGAAGUGAUCCCCUGCAAAGAAAUUUAUUAUAAACUCAGGGGCAUUUUUCCCGAUAUUGAUCCGGCUUUUAUCACAGAGAAAUGCUUAAAUCCUCCAUUCUCCACCAAAGAUCGUGAUAAAGAAGAGCAAAUACAAAUGUUUGUCGAUUUAUUGUUAAUCGAAGGAGGUGAUCACAUUUCUCCAGGAAAUAGAGAUGAAAUCGACGAUGCUGUAAAUGAGGAUGAACAAUAUGAAAAUUUAAUAGCAAUAUUUCCGGAAGCAGAUCCGGAAUAUUUAAGAACAAUGGCUAAAGUGCAUCAAAAUAAUCCAAUUCAGUUGCAAGAAUGGAUCCAAAAAAACUUGGAAAAUCCAACAUAUCGAACAAAAGCUGAGUAUUUGAAGGACAUAAAGAUCAAUCAACAAAUUAAGGAUUACACUAGUGAUUUUAGUGUAAAAAAAUUUCUGCAAGUAAUUCCUAAUCCAAUUGAACGAUUCGAAAAUCCGGAAAGGAAAUGUAUUUUUAAAAAUUCGGCGAAUGAGUUUUUAAAAGGUCAUUUCCGCUCGCACAAGGUGGUAACAAUUUCUAAAUUUUAUAAAAAGAACUUGUACAAUCUAACUUUAACGGCUAAUGAUUUAAGAAAAAUAUCGUCGGAUAUGAGAGGAAGACGUGGUUCAUAUGACGCGGUGACGCAAGACAUUCCUCUUUUACAGGAAAUAUCAUACAUCAAAUUUCAAAAAGAUAUUCUUAUUUAUAUAGAAGAAUUGAAGAAGCAAGAGGACGAGGAAUUUAGAAAUUUGAAAGAGCAGAAAGCACUACUCGAGUGUCAGUGCUGCUUCAACGAGGAAUGUCUGCCCAAGAAGUGCGUGACCUGUGAAGACGGACACGUCUUCUGUCACACUUGCGUCCUGAGGGGUUGUGAGAGCAAAAUUGGAGAUGGACAAAACCACAUCAACUGUUUUGCGGAGUGCGAACGAGAGUUCAGCCUCUCGGCGCUUCAAAUCGUUUUGCCUCCCACGACGUUCAGCAUUCUUCUGCAGAAGAGACAGGAAGCGGAAGUAAUGGCCGCUGGCCUGGAAGGACUGGUGUCAUGUCCAUUCUGCCACUUCGCGUCGAUACCACCACCGGAGACGAAAGUCUUUAAAUGCCUCAAUCCUGACUGUAUGAAGGAGACGUGCAUGUCUUGCAAGGCUUUGAAUCAUGUUCCGCUGAAAUGCGAGGAAGUCGCCAAAGAAGACGAAGCUCGUUUACAAUUGGAAGAGAAAAUGACAGAAGCUCUAGUACGCACAUGUCACAAGUGCCAAAAGGCCUUUUUCAAAGAAGAGGGCUGUAAUAAAAUGACGUGUGUUUGCGGCGCCUCGAUGUGCUACUUGUGCUCAACGCCCCUGAAACAGGGAGACUACAAACACUUCAACGGUCAAGGAUCAUCGGAUUCCAAUUUAUGCCCCUUGUUUAGCGAUGAUAAGCGAAUGAACGCAGAAGCUGUACGAAAAAUCGCAGAAAUCACGGAAAGUGAAUUGAGAAAGAAAAAUCCAAAUUUAAAAUUUAGUGCUGCAUCAAUUUUACCUGCGUUGCCAGCGAGAAUAAGUGGACCACAUAAUGACAUACCCAACGCUGAUGCAUUGCCGGAGCACGUUAUGCGUUUGGCAAACAAUCGACCAAAUUGAAAUUACCAAAAAUACCUCAGGUUCGAAAUAUAAAAUACUCUAUUUUAUAUAGUAUCUACUUUUUUACAAUUUAAACGUAUCGUUAAUUGUUUUUCUCGAGAAAUUGUCACAAAAAAGUAAAACGUUGUUCCUACUAGUAUAUGAAGUUAUCUACAUAUAAGCAAGAGUAGAUCGUAAUCAAAAGUAAAUUCUAUUUCAUGUUAUAAAUUAAGUCAACUUUAAGAAACGUUAAUAUGCGCCGUCUUCUAUGUUAUUACUUUUUCGUAAAAAUUAUGUCUGUAUUAUCUUCGUUAAACGUUUUUGUUUUAUAAUUUACAUGGUGAAAACCAUAAAAAGUUCUUAAAAAGAAGACAAUUAAAACGUUUUUGUUAUAUAAUUUACAUGUUGAAAACUAUAAAACGUUCUUAAAAAGAGGAGACAAUUUAUAUUAUCAUGGUUGACUGAAUAGACAUUUGCAAGACUUAAAUACUUAAUGAAAAAGCAAAAGAUGUUUAUGUUAUACUAUUUGACAUUAAAAAGGAAAGCGCUCAAAAUAGUGAAAAAAUAUCAACUACAUAGUAAACUAAAUAACUAAAAACUAAAUAAAAUUGUUUUCGUAACAUAGUAUUUCUUUAAGGAGAGAAGUACAUAUUCGGUUUUAUAAAACAAACUGAUGAAGAUAAGUUUCUCUUUACAAAAUUUACUUAUUGAUAUAAUUUUUUAUUCUCUAACUAAAAG